AUGGCAUCCCGUCGUACGACCGGCCAUCGAGCCCCGGUCAAUGCCGCACCGUCUCUCUCACCCGAGAUCAGCUACCGAAGAGAACCCUCGCCGUCCUUGUCGACGUCGUCGUACCUGUCGAUCGAGGACUCGCUCGCCUCCACCUCGUCGCAGGCGCACGUCCACCUCCACCACCCGCAUAACCUCACCGCGUCGUCGUCUGCAUCCUCAUCGCGACCGAAUCGGCGUCGAGGCGGUUCGUCAACGCACCCUUAUGCGUUGCAACAGGAUCCACCCGAGGUAGACAUCGAUCUGACCCAGGACGAGUCGUUCAACACGAGCAGUACGGCCUCGUCCACCUCGACGACGACCCAAUUGGAAGGCAACGACACGGACUCGUUGAUCGACGCUUCGGACGAACAGGUCGAACAACGCGCUUUGGAAUUCCUCAACAUGCCUUUACCGGGCGAACACGACCAAGACGUCGACGACCUCUCGUUCAACCUGUUGUCGAACCCGACCUUACCCAUCUCCUUGUCCUCGACCACUGCCAACCCCUCGGGUGGAACGUCGCAAACCCGUUCCUUGAGGGUCCAAGACCUACCUCGCCAACCCCAUCUGAACGCCCAAUCAACACAAGAACAACACCAGCAAGCGCUCUCGUUCCUGCGAUCCCAUCUGUGCAAACUCUCCGACACGGACUGGAUCGAUGAAACCCCUGCUCCCUUCCAACAUCACGCCAUUGUGGAUCCGAGGAAAGUCGCUACUGCCCCGGGGUCGGGGUCGGGGUCGGGGUCGGGGUCGGGCUCGGGGGUGAAUCGAGGUGGGGCUUGGUUGGAUCAGAGGUUCAAUUUGGAGAAGUACGCCGCGGCGUUCGAGGACCAACCGGUUGGGUUGGAGGAGGAGUGGCGGUCGGGCACCGGCGCGGACGGGAGAUUUGCGGAUUCGGAUCAGACGCAUACGCUGUUGUAG